UGAAGAGUUUCUCUUAACCCUAAUCCUAAUUUCAUCAAAAAUUCCCUUUCGGAAUUAGGAAAUUCAAUUUUUAGGGUUAGGGUUAAGUGGCAAUUGCUUGUCCUCUACCCAUCAAUGGCUUCCACGGUUGAGGGAUCAGCUGCAAUGGUUUGCAUAAACGACGCAUUGAGGAAUGACGAACUCCGAUUGGUGCUGGCGAAGCUGGAUAGCGAGACGGACAAAGAGGUUUUUGGUUUGGUGUGCAAGAGGUGGCUACAUUUGCAGAGCACCGAGAGGAAAAAGCUCUUCGCACGGGCGGGGCCUCACAUGCUUCGCAGAAUGGCCGCUAGGUUCUCGCGCAUUCAGGAAUUGGAUCUCUCCCAGUCGGUUUCGCGUUCUUUCUAUCCCGGCGUCACGGAUUCUGAUCUCUCUGUUAUUGCCGAUGGGUUUAGGUCCUUGAAGGUCCUCAAUUUGCAGAAUUGUAAAGGAAUUACUGAUAAAGGCAUGGUGGCAAUUGGAAAUGGUCUUUCUUCACUCCAAUCUUUGGAUGUAUCAUAUUGCAGAAAACUGACAGACAAAGGAUUGUCGGGUGUUGCUAAGAGUUGUUCUGAUCUACAGAGUCUGCAUCUUGCUGGAUGCAGAUUUGUAACAGAUGAAUUAUUAGGAGCUCUUUCAAAGAAUUGUCACAAAUUAGAACAGUUGGGUCUCCAAGGAUGCACCAACAUAACUGACGCAGGACUCACCGGUCUUGUAACUGGUUGUCAAGGUAUCAGGUUUUUAGACAUUAACAAAUGCAGUAAUAUUGGAGACAUUGGGGUUUCAAAUGUUUUGAUUGCCUGUUCAUCUUCUUUGAAGACGCUGAAGUUGUUAGAUUGCUACAAAAUUGGGGAUGUCUCAAUUUUAAACCUAGCCAGAUUUUGCAAUAAUCUUGAAACUCUUAUUGUUGGAGGCUGCCGUGACAUAUCUGAUGAAUCAAUAAAAUCACUGGCCAGUGCUUGUAAAACUAGUCUGAAGAACUUGCGCAUGGAUUGGUGUUUAAACAUUUCAGAUUCUUCAUUGAGUUGCAUCUUCAUUGAAUGCGUAAAUCUGGCGGCUCUUGACAUUGGGUGCUGUGAGGAGGUGACAGAUGUUGCCUUUGAGAGUUUAAGCAGUAGACAAUCUGAGUUGACUUUGAAGGUUUUGAAGGUUAGCAACUGCCCUAAGAUUACUGUAGCUGGUCUACGCAUGCUUUUAGACAAAUGUGUCUCUCUAGAAUACCUGGAUGUAAGGUCGUGCCCACAAAUUACAAAGGCAGGUUGCAGUGAGGUGGGAUUGCAGUUUCCUGAUUGUUGUAAAGUGAACUUUAAUGGAAGUUUAUCUGAGCCUGAUGUGUUACUCUAAGACCUGUUACCCUCUUCAUUAACCUUUUGAAAGGGAACAGUGCCUUUGAAAGCUUGGGGAGUAUCAGCUUGUUAGGUUUAAUCAUUGUUGUCAGUUCUGUGCAUUUAUGUCUUUGAGUUCAAGGGAUGUUGGGCUUGUAUUUAUUUCUCAGAAUGUAUCUGUAAAUUUUUAUGUAAAUGGCUUUUGAUUCCCAAGUAUCCUUGAGUUCUGGGUGCUGUGGUGUUCUAACUUCUUGUCUUCUAUGGAUUUGGAUCACAGAACAAUAGUUAGUUUUGUAAUUGUGUCCAUGCCAAGUUUCUCA